GCUAGCUCAGUUGGUUAGAGCGUGGUGCUAAUAUUAUAUAUGUGACGCCAAGGUCGUCAGUUCAAUCCCGGCGUUGGCCAAACUUUUUCCACAGCCACUCUGAACCACGCCGCUUUGACGCUCCUUGUUUCUGUUCAUCGACCUUUGUUUUCGUCGAUGCGAUCCUUCACGGGCUGCAUUGAUGUCCAACGUGUGGCUACCACUCUGACCUACUAGAAGGCUUCACCCUGGUCUUGCUUGUCCCCGAUGUCCUUCAAGCGACCCCGCUCAGGUUCGCAGGCCUCUCUGUCGCAGGCCCCAGCGUCCUCCGAGUCUGCUGAGCCUACGCCCAAAGCCGCUCGUACUGCCCUCCCGAACACAUCUACGGCUUCUGCGCCUCUACUGUGCACGCUGCCUCCAACAUGUAACCCGCCAAACAACCGUCCCACCCCACUGGCAAAUAGCACUGAACUUGAAUCACACUACGCGACCUUCCAUGCUCACGUCUGCGAGGAAAACGGAUGUGGCUGUGUCUUUCCUGACGCACGACUGCUCGGGCUGCACCAAACAGAAUGCCACGACCCGAUCGCGGCGGUAAAGAAAGAUAGAGGAGAAAAGAUUUUUGCCUGCCACUUGGCUAGCUGCUCGCGCCUCUUCCUAACUCCCAAGGCCCGUCGAUUGCAUCUCAUCCAAGGACACGGCUACCCCAAGGAAUACUUCUUCGCCGUGACGAACAAGGGCGUCGGGGGCCUUCUGAAGAAGUGGGGAGAGGGCGCGAGCAUGAUCCGCGGCCAAUGGAGAUCACGCGAUCAAGAGAAAAUGGACCAGGACAGCGACUCUCAGAGCGAGGAUAGCGAUACUGAGACAGUGGCUGGUCCCGGCAUGCACGCUGGACCGCGGCUGCCGAUAGACGAGGAUACGGAGGAGGAUACACCGGCGAAGCAGCCAGACGACGCUGUGCAGGGUCUCACAGGUGCGCUCGACGCCCUUUCCCUCGUCCCGUCGAACGUCAAAUUUGGACGGGGCGGGAGCAUGGGCGGCUUCCGGCAAGGACUUAGCCAUGGGAAGCUGGUUCCCGGUAUCAUACCGAUGCAUGACGGUCCGCUGCUGAGGAGGGGUUUUGGACGUGGACGUGGGCGCGCUAGAGGUGCUUCGAAUGGGAGAGGUGCUGCAGCUACGCCCCAAGCAGGUGUGGACGGCAGACAAGGAGAACCGCAGGCGUCGGGAGCCUCAAGCGCGGCACUUGGGGCGGGAGCUGCGACAAGGGGUGCUCGUGGAUCUCAACGCGCACGCGUAAGCGUAAGGGGUGGAGGAAGGGGGCAGUUCAGAGGUGGAAAAGGUCGUGGAUCAUAAAGGCGAAGAGGAUCUAGCGGUGCGUGUUGACUAUAUGAAGAGUGCUUGUAUUCCCCGAGACAGCAGUUCCUACGCAGGUUGUAUGAAUUAGCGAGUACGAUUGUUGGUUAAUCCGGGUGCCCGAUAUCUGACCUCGGUACGGAUGUACUAUCAAUGUUUGCUGUAUUUGCUUGGUUGCCGUUGA